CCCCUCCCCCUGACAUCAGAGGAGGCAGAGGCGCUCCUUCGCCCCGGUCCAAACUCCGCUUACAAAGCCCGACAUUAUAUCUGUCAGAGAGGAGACCUGCAUGGACAAACCCGGCACUAAUAUCCAUGUUUUCGUGCGUUUCACGGCGAUGACGGAUUCCAGAGGCUUAACGCACCUCCAAUUACCAAAGAAGGGGCUAUUAAGCUAAUUAUUUGUUAGGAAAAGAGUACGAAAGGAGAAGGGGAAGUGCAUGUUACUCGGUGGGCUUCAUUUCCGCGGUGCUGCAGAGCAGGAGCUGGAUGACAUGAUGCUGCAGAGUCCACUCACCUCCACUCCGUUUUCUGUCAAGGAUAUCCUGAAGCUGGAGCAGCAGCAGCAGCAGCAGCAGCAGCAGCAGCAGCAGCAGUCCGGGUCCUUGGAGCUCCAGCACCGGGCCCACACCCAGCAGCAGCAGUUAACCGGGUCUCCUGCUCAGCAGCAGCAUUUCCAAACCCCGCCAUCCUGCAUGCUCGCUGGGGGUCGGGACAGUCCUUCCUUCUCGGACGGAGAAGACAACCUGGCCUACCUCAGCGCGCUGGCGGUGCGGGAGGAGGACCGAGGGGAGACCAACCUGUCCCCGGACAUGUACGUCCACCCCGGCCUGCAGGGAGCCAAGCUGGAGGCCGCCGAGCAGGAGGAGCAGGAGAGCAAGAGCUGUGGUUUGGUGUCCCGGCAGGAGGCUGCGGAGGGCGGGCAGGGCGACUCGGAGCGGCCGCUGCAGAAGCAGAGGAGCCGGCGGAGACCCAGAGUGCUCUUCUCCCAGGCGCAGGUCUUCGAGCUGGAGAGGCGCUUCAAGCAGCAGCGAUACCUGUCCGCCCCUGAGCGGGAGCACCUGGCGACCUCCCUCAAACUCACCUCGAACCAGGUGAAGAUCUGGUUCCAGAACCGCCGCUACAAGUGCAAACGGCAGCGGCAGGACAAGUCUCUGGAGGCGGCAGGGCAGCAUCACCCUCCGCCGCCCCGGCGCGUCGCCGUGCCGGUGCUGGUCCGAGACGGGAAGCCGUGUCUGGGCGGUGCGCAGAGCUACGCCGCUGCUGCUCCGUACGGAUCCAACCCGUACAGUUAUAACGGAUACCCGACAUAUACAUACAACAGCCCCGCUUACAACACCAACUACAGCUGCACGUACACCAGCAUCCCUGCCCUUCCUCCAUCCAGCUCCUCCAACGCCUUCAUGAACAUGAACUUGGGAAACGUGAGCGGCCUCGGCGGCUCCCCACAGGCCCAAACACACCAAGGGACAGCGGUCACAUCCUGCCAGGGCUCCCUGCAGGGGAUCCGGGCCUGGUAGCGUCACCAGAACAGAACUAGUGUCUUGGAGCUCUUUCAUUUUGGUCAAGCCACAAACCUUUAGAAGUGUGUGUUGGUCAGAGCGCCUCAGAAAACAGUAUUGCUUAUAUAAUGGAUGCGAAUUUAGACUCUUUGUCAGGUGAAGAGACAUUUCACUCGUAUUUCCGGCUUCUAUUUCUAUUAUAGCCGAAACAAGUGUACGUGAAGGCGUCACACAGUGGCACCUGAACACACACAGCUUGCGUGAAAUUUCAUUUUGUGGUCCAAUAAUUGUUGGUGCUCUAGUUUGGCACUGGUUGGAUUGAAGCACGGAGGGGACAUUACGCACGAGCUUGCGCAUCUCUCCUUAUUUGAAAAAUAUUUUUUUAUGUUUGUUUUUAACAUGAUAUAUUUGUAGUCUAUGGAGAGAUUAAAUUGCUUUUAAGUGUUUUUCUUGGUUCAACAGAGAAUUGUUUUAGUCUAUUUCACAUCUAUUCAAAUAAAUCAGAGAAAUGAGAA